UAAAACUGUGUUGUCACUCAGGAACACAAAUAGAAAAAAAAAUCCAACAGCUGGUUAGUUUCUACAUUAAGCAUAGAACAUGGCGGAGUUAUCUUAUAUAGUGUUGUUGUUAUAUUUUAUGAUAGAGGUUGUCUUGGCGGACUACUGCACCAAAACUGAAUGGUCCUUCCUUUAUUACGGGUACAGACAAAAAGAAUUUUAUUGCCCUUUUGGGUGCUGUGGCUCCUACAAUUAUGAGUACUGUUGUAUUGGACAUGCUGGAUAUAUCGUUGGUCUUGUGUUUGCCGGUAUUGCUGGACUGGCGUUCAUUAUCUCCCUCAUCUGUUGCUGUUUGAAGAAGUCUAACAGUAAGGGGCGUAUAGUGGAACCAACUGUGACCACCACAGUUCUUACACAGCAGCACUAUGAUCAGGCGUCAGGAUUUGUCGGUCCUACAGCACCUCCCACAUACUCAUCAGUAGCCUACAGCACAGCGUACACAGCGCCAAUGGGCUCCGGCUCCGUGCCACCACCGUAUUCAUAUAUCCAAACUCCACCCUACGGACACCAAACAGGCUACGACCAGCAGCAGUAUAGCAGCAAGCCACCGAAUCCCAACAUGGAGCCUAACACUUAUGCAUCGCCCUACAACUGAUUGGACACGUGACAAAAGGACAUUGUUGGAUAACGCUAGACUUGUAUUUCCAUUCCAUAAGUAAUGCUUUUUUUUUGUUAAGUAUGUAUGUGUUUUCUAAUCUGUGUUUGUGUGGGUGUGAGUGUAUGUUUGAAUCUGUUUGUGGGUGUGCUUGCGCAUUUGCGAAAUGAUUGCAUUGUAGCGAUGUUGGAAUUGUGAAAGAAAUUAGAAAAAAAAUAUUUUAAUAACCUGUAUAUAUUCCAUACAUAUGAAAUAAGAUGAUCAGGAAAGUAAAAUAGCACAGAGACUAUUAAAAACUGGCAUCAGUUCUCUCUUUCUUUAGACGUAAAACAUGUUUCUGAGCCCUUGUGAGUAGGAAUCAAGGUUUCUUGACAACGGCAACAGCUACAUUAAUGGUUAGCGUAUAACGUUUGUUUUAAAAAUUGAUUUGAGUUAGUUUCAAUUUUCCGAUGCUGUGAUAUUACUAUCCGGAGUCUUAUUAUAAUUUUUGUUAUUAUAUAUUGUGUAUUGGUACACUAAAAUAAAAAAAACAAA